AUGAAUCCUGUGAGCCCCUCCGCGCCCGGCCCCUCCAUGGCAAGCCCGCGCGUACUUCCCAACUCAGAUCUCAUGCCCGGCCCUCCCCAGUCGCCCGGAUCAGCAACAUCUUCUGUGCCAGGUAAGACGGGUGUGCCCGCCGGUGCUACCUCUCCCGGCGCCUCGGUCGCUGGCUCCGCCAUCAGCUCCAAGCCCAUCCGCAGGCGCAUGCGCAUGAUCACUUCCUGUCUCGAGUGCCGCCGCCGCAAGCUCAAAUGCAACAAGUCGCAACCAUGCGUCAACUGCAUGAAGUUCUCGCGCGACUGUGUCUACCUCAGUCCCAAGCUCGACGAGGCCAGCCAGCUUCGUCUAACAGAGAUCAAGGAAAAGGUCGGCUCCUUGGAGCGCCAGUUGGAGCGCGACGUUGCAAAAACGACCUCCCGCGCUGCCCAGCAGCAAGCAAUCCUGGCCGAUGACGUCGAAGAUGAGUUCGCCGAGGAGCGCGAUCUCGAGCCCACGGACAUGACGGCGCUCGAUGUCACCUACGAUGAAGAUGCCGACGGCACAGACGAUCUCAUUGAUCUCGGUGUUCAAGUUGGCCGCAUGCGCAUCACGGAGCGAAUCGGCGGCCUUUCCAGGCCUAGGAUAGCAGAAGAGAUCUCUGCCGGCAUUUCUGGCGGGCCUCCCGGUUCAGGAGGUCCUCCCGGCCCUCCACCCAUGGGGGCCAUGGGAGGCAUGGGAGGCAUGGGAGGCAUGGGAGGAAUGAUGGGCGCAAUGGGAGGAAUGGGCGGAGCCGGACGUGGCGGGCCGCCCCGUGGUGGACCGCCCCCUGGGUAUCCCGGUUUCCCCGGCCCACCGCCGGGCAUGGAUGCCAUGUCCACCGUCAGCGGAGGUUCCAACGGCUCACUCCCCGACUUUUUGAGGCCGGGUGAGUCCUACAUUCCUCCCUCGAGCGGCUUCUUCUUUGGCCAGUCGGCCGAGGUGCAGUCUUUGGAGUCUUUAUUGCCCACUAGGGAAGCCGCGGACCGUCUUCUUCAACAAUACUUCCACGCCGUCCAUCCCGUUGCGAGAUGCGUGCAUCGCCCAUCGUUUGAGAACGACUACCAGGGUUUCUGGGAGGAAAUCUACAGCAAUUAUGAGCCACGGCCGUCCACGCAGGCCAUCAUGUUCGCGGCGUGGUUCAGCGCCGCGGUAAGUAUGGAUGAGCAGGUGGUCUACCGCCUGUUCGGGGUUACCAAGGCGUCCUUGAUCGACAGGCUCAAGGCCGCGACGGAGACUGCGCUGGGAAAAGCCAACUUCUUGAGGACGACGAGAGUCGAGACGAUGCAGGCUUUCGUCAUGUACAUGCUUCCGCUGUGCAGAGCCGAGGUGUCCAGAGCUCACUCCGUGCUCGUGGGCGCCGCGGUGAGGAUGGCAGAGUGUAUGGGUCUGCACAGGGACGGGGAGACAUACGGGUUGAACCCCCUCGACACUCAUGUGAGAAGGCUCAUCUGGCACCAGCUGUGCUUCCUAGACAUCCGCACGUGUGAGGCACAGGGCCCGCGGCCCGCCAUCCGCCGAGAAGACUACGACACCAAGCUUCCGCUCAACUGCGAGGAGGACGAGCUCUACGCCACAGGCCCGCCUCCGGAGCCGGCAGAACGGUGGACCUCCACUCUGUUCUCCCUCAUCCGGUUCGAGAGUAACGAGAUGAUGCGCAUCAUCUGGCUGGACCGUCGCAGGCUCGAGAGUCGGCGGACGACUCUGACUGCCGUUCUCACAAAGAUUGAAAACUUUCGCAAGCGCAUGCUGGACAAGUACGAGAAAUACCUCGACGGCGACGUGCCUGUGCAACGGUACGCAAAGCUCGUGAUGAACCUGCUCCUGUACCGUCUCUACGCCAUGGUCCUGCACCCUUACCACGCCAACGCCAACAGUCCCAUGCCGCAUCGCCUCAACAACAUCCUCAUCAUGUCGGGUAUCAUGAUUAUCGAAAUUUCCAUACAGCUCGAGACUGUACCCCGAUACCAGGAUUGGGCCUGGUACCUGGGUGCUUACCAGCAGUUCCAGAUCGCUUUGCUCCUGGCCACUGAAGUAUACUACAGGCCCCAAAGUCGAGAAGCCCCCCGCAUCUGGAACUGUCUGGACUACGUUUUCCAGACGGACCGUACUCUGCCGCCCGAGAUCAAGGGUUUGCAAAUCUUGGGCGAGAUCAUGAGCAAGACCUCCAUCUACCAGGGCAUGCGCAAGAUGCGCGCGCCCACCGGAACAUCACGCGCCGCUCCGAACAAGAACGCUGUGGGCGUCAAGAGCCCCACGAUGCAACCAUCCCCUCAACAGUACCAGCAGAAUGUGCCGAUGGGUCUCAAGUCAGAAACCGGCAUGGCAGCCGGCUUGCAACCGCCUACUCCCGUCAGCGGCGUCGGGUCUCCGGGGAUGGGGUCUCCGGGCGGCCCAGGAGGCCCUCCCGGAGGCCAAAUGGGCGGUCCUCCACCCAACAUUGUCUUUGCGGGUGUCUCCAACGGCGAGGCGCUGUGGAGUGUGCAGCCGGUCACUGCGGAUAGCCCGGAAAGCAGCUGCGACGGCGCAAGCGUUGCCGGACACAGGACGACGCAGGCUCCUAUGAACAUGGUGAACUCGCUCGAAGGCGUGGACUGGGACAUUAUCAACAACCUGUUCCCGCAUGACCCGAGCACUGGCGAGCUCAACAUUUCCGGUUUCCACGACCCGAGUCUGGGCCUGAACGGGUUCCACUGGGGCCAACAACAGGCACUCGAUCUUCAUUGA